AUGAAGAUCUUCUGAGGUGUUGAUCAAUUCGUGAAUUCAAAAUAAGAUUAAUCGGUUAUGCUAGAUACAAUAGGCCCUGAAUUGCAAGUUCUUAAUAAAAGUGAAAAAUCGAUUGCACUGAAGGCUGAAUCAUCGGUUGUUUUGACUUCGGAUCAAGAUAAAGAAGCAACUUCAGAUGUAUUGCCAAUCAAUUAUGAUGGAUUAGCAAAGGCAGUAAAGAAAGGAGACACCAUCUUUCUAGGUCAAUACCUGUUCACAGGAAGUGAAACUACAUCAGUUUGGCUUGAGAUAUGUACUUUACCUGGAAGCGGUGCAGCAGAUAUGUACUCGAAUUGUAAGCAGCGGAUAUAUACUCGAAUUUCGUACAUUCCAACUAGCAGCAGCAAUAUUGGUUCUGAAUCGCUUUGGAAUUCAAUGUUGUGUCCACUUAACUCUGUCUCCCACUGGAAUGUUGCUUCAGCUCCAUUUAGUUCUAGAAGAUCCCUGGAAUUUCAUCCUGAUGAUUCCCCUCUUGCUUAUUUACAUGUUCCUGACUUUGUUACAUCUGGCCUUCCAGAUGUGCCAAGUUAUUGUGCUGCAUAA